CCAGAAGGGGGUGACAGGCCACUACAGGCCAGGCGACAGGCGAGGGGAGAUGAAAGGAGAGGGAAAAGGCUGUCGUUGGCCUGCAUUUCCUGCUCCUGGCAUCUGUUGGUUCAGAAAACCAUCCCAGGAACCAGAUCUGGAAGGAUCCAGGAGCUCUUGCUUCAAACACAAGCCCUGGCGUCCACCUGCGUCCUGCUCUCGUGCCUGCAGACAUUCACUGGGCCACACUCCUACCCACUGCUGAGGCUGCCAGGCAGUGCCAUCUGCUCUGAGGCCCUUUCCCUGGUGGAAAGGCACAAUGACCACCUUAUUUCUCUUCCAGCUUCACGUCCCAACAUGGAAGCUGUUGCCAAGUUUGAUUUCCUGGCCUCUGGGGAGGAUGAACUGAGCUUUCACACUGGAGAUGUUCUGAAGAUUUUAAGUAACCAAGAGGAAUGGUUCAAGGCGGAGCUUGGGAGCCAAGAAGGAUAUGUGCCCAAGAAUUUUAUAGACAUCCAGUUUCCUGAGUGGUUUCAUGAAGGACUUUCGAGACAUCAGGCAGAGAACUUACUCAUGGGCAAGGAAGUUGGGUUCUUCAUCAUCCGGGCCAGCCAGAGCUCACCAGGGGACUUCUCCAUCUCCGUCAGGCAUGAGGAUGACGUCCAGCACUUCAAGGUCAUGCGAGACAACAAGGGCAAUUACUUCUUGUGGACUGAGAAGUUUCCAUCCCUAAAUAAGCUGGUGGACUAUUACAGGACGACUUCCAUCUCCAAGCAGAAACAGAUUUUCCUGAGGGAUAGAACCCGAGAAGAUCAGGGUCACCGUGGCAACAGCCUGGAGCGCAGGUCCCAGGGCAGCCCGCAUCUCAGUGGGGCUGUGGGGGAAGAAAUCCGGCCUUCGAUGAACCGGAAGCUGUCGGACCACCCCCCACCUCCUCCCUCACAAUACCACCAGCACCAACAGCCACCCCCACAGUACCCCACGGGGCCGCAGCCCCCACCGCAGCGAUACCAACAGCAUCACCACUUGCACCAGGAACGUCGUGGAGGCAGCCUGGACAUAAAUGAUGGGCACUGUGGCGCGGGCAGCGAGGUGAAUGCAGCCCUCAUGCAUCGGAGACACACAGACCCCGCCCAGCUCCAGCUGGCAGGGCGCGUGCGGUGGGCCCGGGCCCUGUACGACUUUGAGGCCCUGGAGGAUGACGAGUUGGGAUUCCACAGCGGAGAGGUGGUCGAGGUUCUGGACAGCUCCAACCCAUCUUGGUGGACCGGCCGGCUGCACAACAAACUGGGCCUCUUCCCCGCCAAUUAUGUGGCACCCAUGAUGAGAUGAGCCCUGCUGGGGGGACCGGAAGCUUUCUCUCUGAAGCUAUCCCCAAGAAAGCGGGGCAAGGAAAAUUCUCCUGUAUCCUGGCUGUGUCACUGGACCACACAACUACAUACCAUGCAUACAGUAGACACGCGUACAUGUAUAUGCAUAUCCACACCAUGUUUUAUAAUAGUAAUUUAUUGGCAAUUGAGUUGGUUUAUAUGGGCAAUUGGGUUGGUUGAAAUGGAAAGGAACUCAGAUGGAGAGUGAUAUCUGUGCUUCUUUUUUGCUCCUCUCAUUGAGUGCAGAAGGCAGUGGGGGAGUGGGGCAGGGGGCAGGAGAACUGGAACUUCAAGAGUUGUCCCUACUUCCUCCCUGGUUUGGGAAUUUUCCCAGACAGCAGCCAAGCACAGGCCCCACCCCAGCAUUGGACGCAGAACAGCAGGGUGGAGCUGGACGUGGUGGGGCACGUUGCAGCUCACCUGCAAGCCCCACGCACCUGGAGGGUUGCAGGGCAGCUUUCCUCCCAUUCUCCAGGAGGUGGGCACUGCUGCAUCAAGAUUUAAGGUGCAGCUGAUCCACGGCCACGGGCACCGAGCAAGUCUGAACGGGAGCUCACAGGGGCGAGGACAGGAGCAGCUGCGUGGGAGAGUCCCCGCUGUGCAAGGCUGGCCUCCUGGAGAUGCCCAGCCACCACAUGCAUCCUCCCCAAACAGUGUUCCUUGGGUGAUCUUUUCAUAGGCUGUCUGGAGAGGGCGUCUCCAACAUGGGACUCUGUGAGGAGCUGAAGCUGUGAGGUGGAGGGAUUUUCCAUAGCUCCCUGUGGCUUACCUGGACGUGACCUCAGUUUCUCCAGCUACAAAGGAAGCUGCAUCUUAGAUUCUGUAAAGUGCUGGAGAAGCCCUGGCUGACCAUGCUGAAUUUGAGGAUCAUUCUUUUCUGGCUUUCAGGGUGUUUCUUCGGGGCUCUGCUCAUUUUUUCUUGAUUCCUGUGUUUGAGGACAUCUUGCCCCAGUGGCCCAGAGAGAGGCCUGACUAGGGAUUAAUAGAUCAAUUGAUGGAUUGAAUAUGACCCUGGGUGGGAGCAGGCUUUGAAAUUAGUUCCCUGUUCUAUCUGACUGUUGGACCACUCCUGGCCUCCCCUCUCCCAAAAAUUGCACUUGGGGAGAAAACCCCACUAUCACUGUCCCCCCUUGUCACCUCAAACUAGAGUCGUGUGUCCUAGUGCUCCACCCGGGGGGUGUGAAACACAGAUCAACCUGGCCAGAGAGGAAGUGCAUUGCUUUGUGGAACCCAGGAGCAAACACAUCUGUGCAGAGGGCACUGAGGGAAAAAAGAGAGAGCGCCUGCCCAUGCGUGUGUACACACGUGCCGAUGUGUGUGCCGAUGUGCACCCGAUGUGCUCCCCCUGAGCAUGUGCAUCUGUGGGCUAAGACAGGAGAAAAAGGGGUGGCAUUGAAGGUGUUGGUGAGAGCGCACGGACGGUGGGGCCCCCGUUCCUUUGUUUCUCCUCCUCACCCCGUGUGCUCUAGAUGAUAAAAGAGAGCUUCUGACUCAGAAGUGACUGCCGGUGUAGCGUAAGCUCUGUCCCUUGUGACUCUGAUUCUACAAUUCUCUGAUCCCCAUGUUCCCUUUAGAGAAAAAAGGGAAGAAAGGGACUCUGUGGCGGAGACUAGGAGGGAAGAGAAAAUAGCCUGGAAGCAGCCAGGGAAGCAGAGUGUGAGUGAGGAGAGGCCGCAGCCUUUGGAAGCAAAGGCAGGAUCAAGGCAAGACACUAAGUGGGACAGGAAGGGUGAGCUUGAUGAGGCCAGGGGCAGCCAGCACAGGAGGGAGGGGCCAAGGCAGGUGGGAAAGGGUGACUCCCAAGAAGGCAAGGAGCAAAGACACCCCAGAAAAACAAAGCAGGAGAAGGGGAGCCAAUGCAUAGCGCCCUCAUCAGCUCUCCUGGUGCUAGGUAAUGGGAAACAUUAUGGUAAAUAAAAGCCAGAAGGACUCUUUGAUUUUACAGUAUCUGCAAACCAUAUGCUUUAAACAGCCCACAAACUUCAUCCGUUUGUCUGCUUCUGUGGGAGGAUCAGCCGCGGUGUGACUCUGGUCUAGAUCUCGAGCCUUGACACACCGUGAAGAAGUCAGCAACACAGCCAUGGCUCUGCUCUGCCCGGUGGCCCAGCCCCCAGGUGGGAGUGGGAGGACCCCAGCGCUGGCAGGGGCCUUGGCCUGGAGAGGCUGACCACAUGAGCGGGCCGCGUGAGCACAGUUUUCACAACUCUGGGAACAGGGUGUCUUGCUCUCCAAAGGGCCAUCGUGGGAGCAGGAGGAGUGUUUCUAUCAAGGUGCCCUGCCUUGCUCAUCAGUGUGGCUCAAUCCAGAAGAAAGCAGGGGAGUCUUCUCCCACACAGGCAGGACAGGGCUCGUAGGGACCAAGCCAAGAAGACAAGGACCACACUGUCCCCACUGGGGAACAGGAGCAGGAGGAGCUCAGCUCUCCUCGGCCACUAGUGUUGCUCUCCCCUCUACCCCAGUUGGUCCCCCUGAGCCAGGGGAAUGUCCACCCAGCACUUCUCACCAGCCACACAACUAGCAUGCAGCACAUUGUGUCUGGUUUGGGCUGUGACACUGUACAUGACUUAGGAGCAGGGAACUUCCAGAGAAAAACCAGUUCCUGUUCAACCAGUUGGGUUUUGCUAACCUCUUACUGAGGACCACUGCAUUUCAAUGAUCUGGCACCUGCCACUGCCCACCCACUUUCAGAUGGCCUUGGGAUGAUCUCAGGCCCCUGCUUCUCAAAAUUUCAAGGGCCUGCAAAUUGCCUGGGGACCCUGUUAAAAUGCAGAAGCCGCUUCAGUCCUGCGUUUCUAACCAGCUCCCUGGCGCUGCAGGCGGGGUCUGCACUUGAGCAAGCAGGAAGGGCGAAACUUGGCAGUGAGCUAAACAGCUAGAAAAAUCAAAUUGGAUUCUUUUUCUGAGGCUACUCAGUCAUUUCUCUUCGUUGGUAAUGAAUACGUCACUUUGAUUUUGGGACAGACCCAAUUCCGAGCUGUCAUUAUGACAUCAUCCAUGUUUGACAGCCCAGUGACUUAUCUUCAUCUUCACCAGGAAUCAAACACCUUUCGGACAAACAGGAAUUUCCUAAUAGUAAUUGUUUUAAACAUGAGCAGAGUUUACAGAAAACAUUGCAAAAGCUUCUUAGGAAAUCUUUGAACAUAAAAUUGACACCCGUCACAUGGGGGCAAUAAGUGAGACAGGCACAUGGGCCUCCAUGACAUUAUUGGGUCUCCGACAAGCAAAACAGCCCACAGUGGGGACAGAUUAUCACUGUCAAAAUAUUUGCCAGUUGCCUUGUCUAAAGUCGACGUUUCUGCCUGUCUGUACCAAGAGCAGUGUGUGAAAAAGAUUUAUUGUCUCAAUUCUUUAAAAAAAUACAUUUUUCAAGUUCCACCACUUCAUCACCACAGCCAUGCCAGCCUCCUGUCCCUCCUAGGCAACAAUGUCCUCCUCCAUACUUUCCUCCCUGCAUUGUUUCUUGCCCCCAAUACAUUUCCCACACAGACACUGGAGUGAAAUUUGUAAAAUAAGUUAAUCUUAUCAGAUCACUCUCCUUCCAACUGCCCAAAGUCCUAAUGUGACCCUGCCAGGUUUGGCCUCUGCCAGGAUCCCUCUCCAGCCUCCUCUGGGGCCUGUCCUCUUCUUUCAUGUCCCUGAACCACUGGCCUUCUCUCAGCCUCCAGAUGGCCCAGGAUUUGUCCCACACAGCCUCUGUCUUUACCUGCGAAUUCUUGAUCAGGCCUGGGUUUAAAUGUCACUGCCUCAAAUAGUCCCCCCAUGACCCAUAGACUAGACCCCAAAUCCCAUGCUUUUCCUGAACAGCACAGACUCAGACUGAGUUAUCUGACUGCUAGACUGGAAGCUCCGUGGGGCAGGGAUCGGCUGUUUGUAAACCACUGUGUGCCCAGCAUCUCCCAUGGUGCAUAGCAUGGAGCCUUAAUAAAUGUAUGUCUAAUAAAUGAACAAGCAAAACCUG